AUGUCCAAUCUACGGGAGACCCCAGACAAAGAUGAUAGCGACGAAGAGUCAUUGAUCACACAGUUUGAAACAACAUUGACAAUCAGACCUUCGUCAAAUGAAGUGCACGAUGAUGGAGAUAUAUCUAUUGACCAUACUACAUUUAUUCAUAAUAACACAUUUGGGAAUUUUACUAGAGAUCAGAGUAUUGUUGACAUUGAUGAAUUGCAAGAGGAGGAGAUUGCGCUGGAACAGAUACCUAGGUUUAAAACAAAGAAGCAUUUACAGCCUAGUCUUGCGGCCAGGGUGGCCAAGUCUCAGUCCCUCAGCCCAAGCCCUACUCCUAGUGCGUCCGAUCUAAAGUACGAGAGACUUUUGACGCCUUCCCCAUUAAUUGAUUAUUCGUUAACCCGAUUCACCAAAAUCUUUACCGAGUUCUUGAAGUCGAAUCCGCAUAUCCAGAAGGAAUCGCCCAGAUUCCGUAAGAAUAGCGAUAAAACAUUGAUUGUUUUAUCGCCAUAUUCGGCAGAACAUGCAUUUGGUAGAAAAUGGGUUACUAAGUCGUAUCUUAGCACUAUUUUCGAAAGGCCACAGAGGUUAUUAGCAUCUUGCAUAGGUAUUUCAUCCGCGAUUACAAUGUUUCCAUUCUUCUAUAAAUUAACCAAUUCCACCAAGAGGGGGUCAAUUUUCUCCUCGCAUGUACGUAAGAUACACGGAAAGGCGUGGCCUAAAAAAUUGUACGAGUUGUGUUUAGCAUCGCAUGAAAAAUUACAGAACGACGACUUAGAGGUUCCUGAAGACUGGAACACAGGAGAUAUAUACUUAACGCCGAAAACUAUAAACGCAAUUGAGGGUGUUAUUGGAACCAUUGAGACUGCAGUCGAUUCGUUGUACAUGGACAGGCAUGAUAGUCAUAAUUUAGCAUUUGUUGUUAUUAGGCCUCCAGGUCAUCAUUCUCACGCGUGCUUACCUAGCGGGUUUUGCUUGUUAAAUAACGUUCAGAUUGGUAUUGAAUAUGCGUUUGAACGUUAUGGCGUUACCCAUUGUGCCAUAUUAGAUAUCGAUUUACAUCAUGGGGAUGGAUCCCAAGAUAUUUGCUGGGAAAGAGCCGGAUUCGCAGGUGAUUAUGGGAAAGAUGAAGACGACGAGAUCGAUGGACAAGGUCCAAGAGAUGAUUACGGUAAAAGAUUUGCUACUUAUCCAAAAGUUGGCUACUUUUCAUUACAUGAUAUAAAGUCAUAUCCAACUGAAUUGGGCUAUGCCACGAAAGAGAACAUCAAGAAUGCGUCGACAUGCAUUAUGGAUCAUGACCUUAAUAUAUGGAAUGUUCACCUUCAAGAAUGGUCCACCGAAGAAGAGUUUUACAAGCAUUACCAAAUAAAAUACGUGAACAUUUUGAAUAGAGCAAAUCAGUUUUUGAAUCACGCGAAGAAGCAGUACGAUAAGGAAUAUCAGGAAUAUUUGGUUAAUUUAGCCAAAUAUAAUAAAUACGUAUUGAAGCCCCAUUUAUACAAUCAACCACUUUCGAAACCAGCUCCACCUCCACCGUUUAAACCUUUAAUUACUAUUUCUGCCGGAUUUGAUGCUCUGGAGUAUGAAAAUCCUCAAAUGCAAAGACAUGGAAUCAACGUUCCUACCUCGUUUUAUGCUACAUUCACCAAAGAUGUUGUCAAACUAGCUAAAAUCCACACCAAUGGAAAAAUCGUUUCAUUUUUAGAGGGUGGCUACUCUGAUGGAGCAUUAUCCACUGGAAUAUUUUCUCAUCUUAUUGGUUUAACCAACAACCCUAAUGACUCCCAUGACGAUGAACUCUUGUGGAACCCUACUUGGGGGAGUGAACAAGUCAUGAAGGAAUUAGUUAAAGGCUGCAAAAAAACCUGGGUACCCUACAAGAAGCCUCAAACAGAUGUUACUAUCUGGGCCAAUGAGGUUAUCAAGCUAGGCAGAUCUAUGAUGCCAAAUUCAAUUUUACCGUCAGGUUAUAUCUAUCAAUACGAGGAACCUUCCGAUAAGCCUGUCAAAUCAGAGUACGUGUACGAAGACCCUGUGCCUGUAAAUAAAAUGGUAAAGGAGAUUCUUGAUAGUGACGGAAAUGUAUUAAAGGACGUUUCCUACAGUCCUUUGAAAAAUGAUCCGGAAGAUAAACGGAGAAUUGUUCGUCAUACCAGGGCUUAUUAUAAGAAGUUAGCUUCCGCCCAAAAGCAACAAGAAGCCUCAAACUAA